AUGGCCUCAACACUGCCAAUUAUAAUCGUUGGUGCUGGCGUCGUUGGUCUCACACUGGCACAAUCCCUUAAAAAAGAAGGCAUUCCAUUCGAGAUAUACGAGCGAGAUACACACAUCGAGCGUGCCAAAGGCUGGGGGAUCACCAUCCACUGGGCCCUCCCAGCAUUGAAAGUGUGUCUACCCCCUGCAAUAUAUGAGCGUCUUUCAACAAUACAAGUCGACCCGGAAGAAGGGCGUAGGAAUAAUGGAAGAUUUGUUUUCUUAGAUCUGUCAACGGCGGAAGCCCGAUACGAGAUUCCUCCAAGUGAGAGAUUGCGCAUCAAUCGUCUGAAAUUCCGAAGUCUCUUAGCUGAGGGAGUUGACGUGAAUUGGGGCAAGCAGAUUAGUGGAUUCGAUUCGGAUUUGGAGGAUUGCAUUCGGGUCAAGUUUGCAGAUGGCACUUCGACAAAGGGAUCACUUCUCGUCGGCGCAGAUGGGAGUGGAAGCAGAACUCGACGAAUUCUAGUUGGGGAAGAAGUUGCCAAAUUAUAUCACCUUCCAGUGAGGUUUAUGGGGGUCACAAUCCGGCUCACCCCUGUAGAAGUCAAGCCACUUCGAGACAUCGAUCCCCUACUUUUUCAAGGCUGCCAUCCAAAUACCGGAGCAUAUCUAUGGUAUUCGACACUCUCGACGCCAGAGGUUAAUGGUUCCAAUGGUAAUGAUGAAUAUUAUGAGGGCCAGCUUAAUAUGUCAUGGAUUGUCAAAUCAUCAGCCGAUGAGGUACCUGCGACUAACAGCGAGAAGAUUUCAAAGAUGAAGGACAUGGCGAGAGGAUUUGAGUCGAGACUGAAGGCAGUUAUCGAAAGAAUUCCACAUGACACCAAAGUUAUGGAGAUCAAACUGCAAGAUUGGCCAACGCUGAGCUGGCCAACGUAUGAUGGACGUGUUACACUGGUCGGAGAUGCCGCUCAUGCAAUGACAAUGUAUCGCGGAGAAGCUGCCAAUCAUGGUAUCACUGAUGCAGCACGACUGGCUGAGCAGCUACAGGAUGUGGGUCGUGGCAUCAUAUUACAAAAGGAGGCUAUUAUCAAGUAUGAAUCGGAAAUGCGACCGCGAGCUCAUGACGCCGUUCUUUUGAGCAGGCAGGCCUGUCUGGACGCGCAUGACUUGAACGGUCUGACACCAGAUAGUCCUCUGGUUAGUAGGAGAGCAAAAGUGCAUCAACCAGGAGUGGCCAUAAAAGCUGGCACUAGAAAAGGAUGA